UUCAAAGCCUGGCCUGGCAAUCUACGCCCAGCUGCUCUCGUGGCUUUCCUCACAGAAGCAAGAAUCUCGACGACCUCGUACGGAACGAUCAACUAUUCUUAGAUUACGCGUAAUACAUCGACAGCUGCGGAAGAACCACUGCCCCCGGGUCAUUCUUAGGACGCCUUGUCCACAGGCAACAGGCAAUCACAUACAAGGGUACCAGCCCAAUAAGCCGAACUGCUCAAAAGUAAUAGAAUCGCUCCAUCGGGCCCUCUUUCGGGCCACCCUUGGGAGGGUUCCCGAAAGCAUGCGCUCUCCUCGAACCCGACUUCUUAAGUUGCUAUGCAGGAGUUCGUGCGCUGUGAAGAUGUUCGACUCAAAUUACGGGGAAUUUUCCGGGAGGUAACGCUGCUUGGGCAAUAUCAACACCGCCCAGACCGUUGCCCAAAAUACUUUUAUUCGAAACAAAACAUUGCUCAAACCUUCCAAUCUCAAACCCGAGAGAUAUACUUUUGCUCGUGCGAUCGGUGUGAGCAACAUGGUCCGAUAGAUCGAUCAGACCGUUUUGAUUCACUAAAAGAGAAGCUUGAGGACGAGUUUCUUUUGACCUUUCUUCUUCUCGUCCACGUCAAUAAAGCUAGUCUGAUUACCGAAUUUGUAGAUAAUGGGGUCAAGUUAGAUGGGGCCUCGUUCUUACACGAAGAGGAUCUCUCUUUUCUCUCUAACGCAAAAGGAGUAAACUCCAUUGAGGCUAAGGACGACCUUGUCCGUCGCAUUCUCAAGGAUCAGUACAAAUUCCAAAUUCGUCCGCUCAAUAGGAAUAAAGCUGCCAUGAUGUAUGACGAGAGAGAAGUAGUUCCCAUCCUAGAUGAGACAACCAAUGAAGGGGAGGGGAAUUUCGGCGUGGUUGUCGCAUUCGACUUUCCGUUUCCAGAAUAUGAAGGCGAGGGCUUCAAGAGAUUCAUAAAACAGGAUCGAUCUCGGUUUGUGCGGAAGAUGUUUCAUGGUAAUAAUGUCAGAGACGGCGAAAAAGAAUGGGACGACUACAGCAUGCACAUCAACCCUAAACGUAACCCCUUUUUCAUGGAGGCAUUGUGUGCCUUCUACCACGGAGAUUGCUUCUCUAUCGUUUUUCUGAAAGCGGAGAGCACAUUCGAAGAGCUUCUCACGAGCGACAAUCCUAAGCUUUCUCCACACGAAGCCUGGGACCAAAUGUCGGAUAUUUUUGGAGCUCUGGACUGCUUGCACUCACACGGCUUGUACCACAGUGACCUCAAACCACACAAUCUCCUCGUUGAAUCGGGCCGUAUCAAGAUCUCUGAUUUUGGUUUGACCAUCCAAACGAAUCCGACAGUGCAGAGCCGGGAUUCCAUUUUGUUAGCUCGAAAACUCUACUCUCCUCCAGAACUCCAUUUCGGAUCUGCUUAUGACAUUUAUACGAUGGGAGCCAUUCUAUCCGAACUUGCAACAGCGCAUAUCCAAGGUCCAGAUGGCGUCAAAAACUAUCGUAAAGAAAGAAAUGAUGAGACCGGGGAAGGGCAGCCCUCAUCUUCAUGUUUCUUCGACCAACUCACUAAAAAGUCCAAAGGAGCUGUGACAUGGACACAUAAGGAACUCCUUGACGAAGCGAAAGCGUUAUCUGAUUGGCGCCAACAGUUAUUCACUAGGAGCUUUUUUGAACUCAUCGAAAAUAUGUUGGCCAAGAAUCCAAGAGAAAGACCAAGCCCCCAAGAGGUUGAGCUGAAGUUACGCUCAUAUAACAAGGCCAAUUCCGGAGAGCAGCAUUUUCAUGGACAAUCACCGAUGGUAAUGUCAUGGGAAAAUCCUCCUUCAGCUUCUAUAUUACGUUGCUCAAAUCGAGGCUUGGCAUUACAGGCUUCUUUUUCCAACGGGAUACAUGACGACGUCCGUUGUAUGGUGUUUGUGUAUAGCUCCAGCUCAGGUACCAAACCCCUCACGGUAGCACAUUUCUCUUAUUCUAAGGAAUUGAUCAAUCAUUCGACUUCUCCAAGCCGUAAUGGGCACUGGGCGAUCACUGAAUCAGCCCUUGUCUCUCGUAAGCUCACUAAACCAGAUGUUGGGGAAGUACGACGUGUAAUACUAGGUGUUAUGCCUUCCCACGAAUCAUCAACAGAGCUCAAGGCCGUAUAUCAUGACGGCUCUGAGAUUUACUCUUUCCCGCACCCCCGAGAUGCGUUUGCGUUUCAGCAAGCUUUUACCGGAUGUUUCGUCUACAAAUCUCCAUUUCAUGCCAUUACCAUUCAUUACCCAAAGGAUACCCGAACAUGGUUCAACCGAAUGAUAAUGCGACCGUUCAUUCAUACACAGCCUGAAAUUCACCAAGGCAGCGGGCAGCUUCAGCUCUGGGUCGAUAGAGAACUUACAGAGGAGCAUAGCACAACGAAAAGAAUGACGGGCGGAGCUGCAAUCAUGAAAAUAGUAAUCUUCGAUGCUUCCAAAGCAUUUGUCAUCUCGGUUUCGUUAGAAGCCUCUGCAAAAAACGUACCUGGAUCGACUACUAGCGUCAAACUGUGCCACGUCGCGGUGACUGAAGAAAGUGAAGAUCGAGGAGUACCUCUCACGGUUUUGGAGGAAGACGACUACGAACCAAAUCAGCACGUUAACAUUACAUUUGAUGGUCAUGCUGAUAGAAAACGCUUCAUGUCCGAUUUCAAGUCACUUCAUGAUAUAUGUACCACCUCAGAAAUAGGCCAUGCAUUGCGGAAUCGACACCAUCGGGGUCGGGCGGGUCACGUUUAUGCAUGAGCCAGCUCUAGCCUCCCUCUUCAAUCCUCGAUCUCGGAUAUGUUUAGAGGCGCUUACCAUCCAAACUCGUUGAUCGGCGUUACGUUUGCGCGACAGAUAUCCAAUCACUGCUAAAGACGAAGUUGAUUACUGGGAAUCCAGAGCAGAAAUAAUUAUCUAAUAUACUGUUUUUUGCCUCGC